AUGUCAGAGAGCAGUGAACUUUCGGCUGGCGGCGGUGGUGGUGGCUUUGCCCUACAGGGCUCUAGCAGCUCCUUUAGUCAGCGUCAGGCGGCCAUUUUUGGUGAUCUGCAGGUCCUAGAGGCAGCCCACCGUAAGGUGGAGGAGGAGACUACGCCCGAACGACUCUACGUUCAGCAGUUUUGGCGAGAGACUAAGCCGGCUGUUGAGUCUUUGGAAGCCGAGAAGGAGGCGGUGGGUAAUGUUUCCGACUUGCCUGUUUUUUUGCUUUGCACACAUACUGCCCGAUCUCCAUUUUUUGGUCUGGUUUGA